UUUGGUUUACAUACGUGAGCCAAUCAAAUCAUCGAUAGUUUGUGUUAGUGAAGUGAAAAACGUUAAACAUAAUAUCGAUAAAAUGAAGAGCGCAUACUUAUUAGCGGUUCUGAUUUUCGGUAUUGUAAAAGCGAGUGAAAUCGAUAAGGAGAAAUCCCCAGAAGAAACAUUGAAACGAGGUUUGACGAACAAAUGUGUGCAGAGAGAGACAUCUUCGUGUAUAGCCAUCGAAUUAGUUGGUUAUGUGGAUCGGAUGCUCAGGACAGCAUCCUUCCAGCUCGGAGAUGAUGUUAUGAUUGUUGAUGAAAGUCAUGGAGCCGCAGCUGAAAUCCCAAUUAAAUCUGAAACCCUUGCGAGAGCCGGUACAUCACUGGAAGACCAGGCCCAACAGUUCAUCAUGGACAAAUUGUGGCACUUCGUCAGCUCGCGGUCCUUGAGGUACAGGCUGCUGAAUGAUGCAGACCUGGUCAUCUCUGGCAAGCAAGAGAAGGAUGGAAGCCUUGGUGUUGGUGUAUCAAUGAAACCACCGAAGGUCUUCGAAAGUGGAAGAGGUCGUCAGAAGCCAUUCGGGCCUGUGCUGGCCUUGGCCGCCCUUAAAUUCGGUCUAUUCGGUGCUUUGACCUUCAAGGUCCUAGCCCUUAUGGUCGGAAAGGCCCUACUGAUCUCAAAGAUUGCCCUUUUAUUAUCAACCAUCAUCGGAUUGAAGAAGCUAUUCUCUUCUCAGUCAAUCGAUUCAAGACAAUCGUUUGGAACUGAGUAAAAAAAAAAUCUUUUAAUGAAAGUACAUAAAAUAUACUUAAAUUAAAAGAAAUUAAAGUACGAAUACUUUUCAGGCUAUUGUCAAAAAGGACUAAGUCAAAUGGAUGACUGAUACUGAAUGGAGUUAACGGCGAUACUUACCUCAACAAAAUAACCAAUAAAAUGAACCUUAUUACACAAUCCCCAUGCUAGGACUGAAAACAAAAAGAUGAAAAAAUGGAGUGAAUAUUUUUUUUGACAAAUCAAAACAUUUUAGUCUUACUGUACCAAUACAGAUAUAUGUUAU